CCUUUCCAACCCUGGCCAGGCAGGAUGGUUCCUGCAAAGAAGGGUAGCAAGAAUAAGAAGGGCUGGUCCACCAUCAAUGAGGUGGUGACCAGAGAAUACACUAUCAACGUUCCCAAGUGCGUCUAUGGAGUGGGUUUCAAGAAGUGGGCCCCUCGGGCACUCAAAGAAAUCUGGAAAUUUGCCAUGAAGGAGAUAGGAACUCUAGAUGUACACAUUGACACCAGGCUCAACAAAGCUGUCUGGGCCAAAGGAACAAGGAAUGUCCCAUACCGUAUCCGUGUGCGGUUGUUCAGAAAACGUAAUGAAGAUGAAGAUUCACCAAACAAGCUCUAUAUGUUUGUUACUUAUGUACGUGUCACCACUUUCAAAAAUCCACAGACAGUUAAUGUGGAUGAGAACUAACCGCUGAUUGUCCAAUAAAGUUAUAGAACUGCCAAACAAUAACAACAACAAAUCUCUUCCAAAAAACUGAAAAGGAGGGAACGCUCCCAAAUUCAUUUUACAAGGCCAGCA